UUAGUUAGUGUUUUUUAAGUAAUUUAAAGUCAUAACUAAAAUGAGUAACAAAUUAUUGCAAUCAUACUCGAAUAGCGAGGAAAUAAACACACCAGAUAAUGUGGUACAAGACAUUUUAAACACGUUUACCGAUUUACGACAAUACUCCAAAGAAAUAGAAGAUGAACUCAAAAGCACCGAGAAUGAAUCAAUUAAUGUCUAUAUUAAAGAGAGCGAAAAUAUUGCCAGUUUGCACAACCAAAUAACGGCGUGCGAUCAAAUUCUCGAACGAAUGGAAGACAUGCUCAUGGACUUCCAGAACAACUUGGGGAGUAUCAGCACUGAAAUUUUAACUUUGCAAAAGAAAUCCAUAUCCAUGAGUCAAGAAUUAACCAACAGGCAAUCAGUUAGGGGGCAACUCAGUCAGUUUAUUGAUGAUAUAGCUGUUCCUGAAAGUUUAAUGCUGGGCAUUAUGGACAGCCAUGUAACAGAUAAGGAAUUCCAAACACAGCUGCAAAUUCUUAACCACAAGAUAGGUUUCCUUAAAGAGCAAAGUUUUAAGGACACAAAGUCCUGUUUGGAUGUCAAGGAUAUUGUAGAGAAAUUAAAAAUAAAAGCCAUGUCCAAAAUAAGAACCUAUUUGUUGGAGCAGAUUGCCAGAUUCAGAAAACCCAUGACAAAUUAUCAAAUACCUCAGAAUGCUCUCUUAAAAUAUAAGGGACUCUAUGAAUUUUUGUUGUCGAAUGAAAGGAAUACAGCAGAGGAAGUGUGCAGUGAAUAUGUGGAUACAAUGAGCAAGAUUUACUUUUCAUAUUUCAAAUCUUAUGAUGGUAGGAUCAUGAAGUUGCAGUAUGAAGAAAACACCAACAAGGAUGACUUGAUGGGCAUAGAAGACACAGCCACCAGAGGAAUGUUUAACAAAAACCUAAAACACAAAGCUACAGUGUUUACUAUAGGUAACAGAGGAGAUGUUUUAGCACAACAAUUGGAAGCUCCAAUAAUAGUACCUCAUGCAGAAACUAAAAAUAGAUACACCUUUGAAUCCUUAUUUAGAAGUGUCCAAUAUGCUUUAGUGGACAAUGCUUGUAGAGAAUAUUUAUUUGCAAGUGAGUUCUUUUAUGUACAAAAUCAGGCUGCCAAGGAUUUGUUUAUGCAAAUUAUGGGGAAGACAAUACAUUUACUACAGAAAAAUCUGGAGAAUUAUGUAAUGAACUCAUAUGACUCCAUAGGAAUAUUCUUAUGUUACCAUCUGGUACUGAGGUAUAGAAUAAUGUGCCAUAAAAGAUGUGUUCCUGCUUUGGAUGAUUAUUGGGAUGCCUUAGAAAGAGUUUUAUUACACAGAUUUGACUACAUACUUCAGUUAAAUAUUAAUAGCAUUAAAGACUUUGACAUUGCUAAGUUCAACAAAGAAAUGGGACCUCAUUAUAUUGCUAGAAGGUAUGCAGAGUAUAGUGCUGCAAUAGUCAGUACAAGUGAGAGUUUCCCUAAUGAACUAGUAAAUAAACUUUUGGCUGAACUACAAGAAGAAGUUGAAAUGUUCAUAUUUAGAAUGGCUGGAGUCUUUGAGGAAAGAAAAGAACAGUUAAUUUUCCUCAUAAACAACUAUGACAUGAUCCUGAACAUAAUAAUGGGUAGAACAAGGGACAAUUCAAAGGAGGCGGAGACUUUCAAGGCGAGAUUGACGUCGAAAAGUGGAGAAUACGCUGAAGAAAUUUUGUAUCCGUAUUUUGGAGAGAUUAUACAGUUUGUCAAGGAGUGCGAGUACUAUUCUGAGAAAGCCAUGUUGGAUGAACUGAAAAGUAUGGAACCGAAAGCUGUGGAGAUUGUUAAUAACUUUUCAAAAAGCUGGAAGAAAUCAUUGGAGGAACUCAACAGAGAGGUUUUAUUGUCUUUUCCCAAUUUAGUGACUGGGUCUAGUUUGUUACAGCUAUCUUUGACACAGCUAAUUCAAUAUUAUCAUAGGUUCCACAAAUUGUUGCCACCACAAGUAAGAACUGAGUUGGUUAACAUACAUUUAAUUAUGGUUGAAAUGAAAAAAUAUAAAACAAAUUUUUGAACCUAUUUAAUUUAAUAUAUAUUUGUAAAUAGAGGAAAGAAUCAUAAUGUAUUAUUUUGUAAUUUUUUGUGAUAAUAGAAUUAUUUAUUAA